AUGGCUCAUUUUGGCUUUAUCACUGUUCUUUCUGUUCUUUCCAUUGCUCCCCUUUGUUUCUCCGGCAACACAUUAGGAGGAGGAUACCUCUACCCUCAGUUUUACGACCACUCGUGUCCGAAAGCUCGAGAGAUUGUAAAACACGUUUUGUCAAGGUCUUUAUAUAUUGCUGCCUCGCUGCUUAGGCUACACUUCCAUGACUGCUUUGUCAAGGGUUGUGCUGCAUCGAUCCUGCUGGACAGCAGUGGGACCAUAACUAGCGAAAAGAGGUCAAACCCAAACCGAGAUUCGGUCAGGGGAUUCGAAGUCAUCGAUGGGAUCAAAGCUGCAAUAGAGAAAGAGUGUCCUCACACAGUAUCAUGUGCUGAUAUCAUGGCACUAGCUGCUAGAGAUUCAACUGUUCUUACCAGUGGACCUAACUGGGAAGUCCCUCUUGGAAGAAGGGAUUCCAGUGGUGCAAGCUUGAGUGGCUCUAACAACAAUAUCCCUGCUCCAACCAACACAUUUCAAACAAUUCUCACCAAGUACUCGAUUGGGAGCCACACUACAGGCAAUGCUCGAUGUACCAGCUUCAGGCAGAGACUUUACAACCAAUCAGGGAAUGGAAAACCAGAUUACACACUUGACCAAUCAUAUAAUACUCGAUUGUGCACUGAUUGUCCGAGAUCCGGCGGUGACCAGAACCUGUUUUCCUUAGAUUUUGUGAGCCCUGUGAAGUUUGAUAACAGCUACUUCAAGAACUUGUUGGGUGACAAGGGUUUAUUGAACUCUGACCGAGUUCUGUUUACCAAAAAUGGUAUAUCAAGGGAGUUAGUGAAACAAUACGCUUACAAUCAGGAACUUUUUUUUGAACAAUUUGCCAAGUCCAUGGUUAAGAUGGGAAAUAUCUCACCGUUGACAGGUUAUAAGGGUGAGAUCAGAAAGAACUGCAGGAAGGUUAAUGCUCAUUAA